AAAAUUGCUUCAUCUGUGAAUCACGUGACACACUGUUUCAGAGCAGCCUGCGCAGCCGAUGAUCUCAUGCUGUAUGGCUAAUGCUAAUCAGUUAGACCUAACAGUGAUCGUCGACAGCCAACUCAGCGGUAAUAGCAUAACCCGGCUGAUGUCCAUAUUGCACGGACUUCUGUAUGGUCGCAGCUAGUCAAGCCGAAACCGUUAGGAGUUUAUCUCGUGCAGAAGUGGAGUUUCUCGUGGAGAGCAUCUUGCAUACACUAUCGGUUUGACACUGACAGCGAUCGCCAUGACGGAGUGGUUCUUGGGACUGGCGUUUUUGUUGGGAAUCUUCAAGAUUUUGAACAUGUCAAGCCUGGCAGUGGCGCCUGACAUCUAUAUCAAAGAUCGGUCGUCUGCUUUUGUGAAGAGCAUCCUCGCUGCUUGCCCCAUCUUCCUUGAACCGUACAUCCCCACCUUGAUAUGGGGGAAGAGCGGCCACAUCCAGACGAUCGUGUACGGCAAGAUGGGGCGUGUCCAGUACCCCGACCUCAAGGGGGACAGACACGAACACAUCAUGUCCGACGGCGCCACCUCCACGUUCGAUGUGUACCAUCCUCUCUCAGAACACCAAGCAGGAGGAGACUACUCCCUGCUCGUGUGUCCGGGGAUAGCCAACUGCAGCGAGAGCCCCUACAUCCGCACCCUGGUGCACAUGGCCCAGCGGGGAGGCUACAGGGUGGCGGUCCUCAACCAUCUCGGGGCUUUACGAGAUGUGGAACUCACGUCACCGCGGAUAUUUGAUUAUGGAAGUACACAGGAGUUCCAUCACAUGGUGGAGGACAUGAGGAAGAUCUAUCCAAACAGCAGCUUCCUGGCCGUAGGCUUCAGCAUGGGCGCCAACAUCAUCACCAAGUAUCUCGGGGAGCACCCUGACCACCAGAAACACUUCAUCUGUGGGAUGUCCCUGUGUCAGGGAUACGAUGUUAUACAGGUGCGCCCCCAGAUAAUGAGCUUCUUCCUGCCCCGACUGUAUGUCUACGCGAUGACGGAGAAUAUAAAAAAGAUGCUGCAACGACACCGCAACAUCCUCUUCAGCGCCUCGGCGCAGGAAAAGUAUGGCAGUUUCAACAUGGAGAAGAUAUUCAGCUCAACCUCGCUCGAAGCCUUGGAUGAAGCUUACAGCUGUAAGCGACUGGGCUUCAAGUCUCUGGACGACUACUACCAGUCAUGCAGCAGCGGCAACUACCUCAACAAUGUGACGAUACCGAUGUUUAUUCUGAAUGCACUUGACGACCCCUUGGUGCCCCCCUGCCUUCACACGAUCCCCCGGGAGUUUGCAGAAUCCCGGGACAACUGCCUCUAUGUUGUGACACGCCAUGGCGGCCAUCUUGGAUAUUUUGAAGGUGGGUAUUUUACUCCAAGCCCAAUAACAUGGAUAGACCGUGCGGUGCUGGAGUUUGCCAAUGCUGUGGUGACAAUGGAAGAGAAACAGCAAUAGUGUGUGUCAACUGUACCAACAGCUUCAACAAUCAAUGCGUUUCCACCAUACCUCAGUAGCAGAGCUGAAGACAUGACAAAAAGACCAGCUUCUCCAACUACUGCAACAACUGCUACGACUACUCCAACAUCUGCUACGACUACUCCAACAACUGCUACGACUACUCCAACAACUGCGACAACUACUCCAACAACUGCUACAACUACUGCAACAACUGCUAUGACUACUGCAACAACUGCUACAACUACUGCAACAACUGCUACAACUACUACGACUACUGCAACAACUGCUACGACUACUCCAACAACUGCUACAACUACUGCAACAACUGCUACAACUACUGCAACAACUGCUAUGACUACUCCAACAACUGCUACAACUACUGCAACAACUGCUACGACUACUCCAACAACUGCUACAACUACUGCAACAACUGCUACGACUACUCCAACAACUGCUUUAACUACUGCAACAACUGCUACAACUACUGCAACAACUGCUACAACUACCACAAUAACCGCUACAACUACUCCAACAACUACUACCAGUGAGGGUGCACGGGUGGCCCAGUCAUCUAAGGCGCAGAGUUGAGUCCCUUGGUCACGCCAGAAACCUAUGAUUGUGGGUUCGAAUCCCGAUUAUGUUUCUAGGUUUGUCAGCACCAUACCCAUGCUAGUUGGUUUCACCAAAGUGGU